AUGUUCAACUUUGGGCGCAAGAAGAGUGAUGAAGCCGCGUCGGGGGACGCCAUUGCUGCUGACCCGGUCCCCGUCGACGGAGAGGCUCCCCUCGAGAAAGAAGGAAAGUUCAUCACGCUCCCCGUCGUGGCUUGUGGCGCCGGACUCUUCUCGGAUGGUUAUGUUGCCAAUGUCAUCGGCUCUGUCUCGACCAUCUUCGGUAAACUGUACCCAGACCAAUGGACCACGGACCAAAAGCAGAUCGUCAAUGCCAUCGCCUUCGCCGGCACUUCCCCGUCUGACCGGUGGGACCACGCACACAAGGUCGUUGGCCAGCUCGGAUUCGGUUUCCUCUCGGACAAGUGGUCGCGCACAAACUCGCUCCUCGUCUCAACCGUCAUCCUCAUCGUCUUCACCGCUCUCUGCGCGGGCAGCUACUACCAUGGCUCCAUCGUCGGCAUGUUCCAGAUCCUCACCGCGUGGCGGUUCUUUGUGGGAAUCGGCAUCGGCGGCGAGUACCCGGCUGGAAGUGUCGCCUGCGCCGAGUCGACGGGCGAAGUCAAGAAAGGCUGGCGACACAUGGUGUUCAUCUUGUUCACCAACAGCAUGAUUGAUGUAGGCUUCGUCAUCGGUGCUUUCGUGCCGUAUGUCGUGGCCGCCGCCUGCCAGAACCAACACUUGAGCACCCAGUGGCGCGUCUCUCUGGCCAUCGGCUGCGUCUUCCCCUGCAUCCUCUUCGUCAUGCGCCUCUUCAUCAAGGAGCCCGAGGAGUUCCAGCGCGAGUCCAUGCGCCACGUCAAGACCCCGUACAAGCUGGUCUUCAAGUUCUAUGGCUGGCGCCUCUUCAUCGUCAGCCUCAUCUGGGGGGAGUGGCCUACUGACAUGACAUCUCUCCGCCAGUUCCUGACCUACGCCUUCGGCAUCUACUCCUCGACCAUCCUGGCCAGCAUCUACCCCAAGACCGCGCCCCUGACCACCAUCUUCGGCUGGAACACGGUCAUCAACCUGUUCUACCUGCCGGGCACCAUCCUCGGCUCCAAGGUCAGCGACUGGCUCGGGCCCAAGUACACCCUCGUCCUGGGCGUCGCCCUCCAGGGCAUCGUCGGCUUCAUCAUGGCGGGCGACUACAAGAACCUCUCCCAGGAGAACAUGGUCGCCGCCUUUGCCGUCGUCUACGGCAUCUUCCUGUCGCUCGGCGAGCUGGGGCCCGGCAACAACAUCGGUCUUCUGGCCUCCAAGUCGUGCGCAACUGGUGUAAGAGGACAGUACUACGGAAUCGCCGCCGCCUUCGGCAAGAUCGGCGCCUUCGUCGGCACCUACAUCUACCCCUUCAUCGAGGACGCCGGCGGCGACUCGGACGUCGCCUCGGCCCAGUACCCCUUCUACGUCUCCUCGAGCCUGUGCUUCCUGUCGGCCGCCCUGACCUUCCUCUUCAUGCCCAACGUCAGCCAGGACACCAUCCGCUACGAGGACGUCCGCUUCCGCGAGUACCUCGAGCAGAACGGCUGGGACACGGCCCAGCUCGGGCUCAAGCCCACCGACUUUGGCGUCGACGCGGGCUCCGUGCUCCAGGCCGGCAUCUCGAGGGAGCCCGAGAAAUAG